AAUGGUAUAAGAAUCUUUUGUCUUUUAAUGAAUAAGAUAUUUUGAAAAUGUCUUUUUAUGAGUGGUAAACAUAGAUAAUAGUACCAACAAAGUGGUAAACAUGAAAAUUCCCCAAAAAAAAUUUGCACAAAAUUAUAUAUAUUUUUAAAUCCGGUCUAUCAAAUCCCGCGCGAAGCGCGGACCGACCCUAGUCUAAUUAUAUAAAAUACAGUUUUCUAUCCUCUUAGUCAUGCCACAUGGAAUUCCAUGUCAUAAACUCGGAGGCUGAGAGCGCGACAUCUGUCCCGUUGGUAAAAACUCACCGUUUCAUGUAAGGUGUGGGCUGGUGCGUUUCCGUUUCUUAUGAUUUAGUGGGCCUUAUUUUAACUACCCUGGUUCAACCCAAAGACAGCAAGAUUUUUAGGGUUCUCUGUUCUUCUUCGACAAUUAAAUGAAUUAAUGAAGAUUCUUUUUGACAAAAAAAAAAACCAAGAGUCUUCUUCUUCGAUCUCUGAUACAACUAUAGAGUUUCGAUGUCUUCAAUCCACGUUAAGACUCGCUCUGUGAAUCUUCGAUCUGGCGUUCUGUCUUCUCUUCAGAUCAGGCGAUGUUCUUCAACCAUGGCGGCGACCCUCAUGCUGGCCACUGUGAAUGUUAACAGGCUAGCAACUUACAUGCCUUAUCUCAAGGCGGGUAAUCAGAACUUCCGGCUUUCCUACUCCUCCCUGUUGAUUAGAUUCAGUGAUGCUAACUCUUUGGAUGAAAUAACCGAACCGGCUUCACCCACACCUGAAGAAAGUUUCAAGUUACGUAAUCACACGAGAUGCUUGGUCCUGCCAACUCACACUCAACUCCCAAGUAUUCUUCCUAUAAUCUGUUCAUCUAUAUAGCAAGAUAAAAUAUUUAAUAUUCAUUAUCACACACAUUGUUUGUGAGCUAACUGCGGUUAAAACUACUGUGAGUGACUCACCCCAUGACAAGAACCGGGUGAUGGCAACCAUUAAAAUGGAUAAGUAUUUUACUAUUUCAGAUUAAGCCCUUCAACUUUGCAUAUCUGAUUUCUUACUUUUUUUUUGUAAUAGUAUAUAUUAAGC